UAAUAUGGCUCCGUGAGGGAGCGCGGGCUGGGGUCGUUGCGGAGGUUGGGAAAGGCGAGGAAGGCGGCGACGAAGAAGCAGCGGCCGCCGCCGCCGCCUCACCGUCGUGAGCGUUAACCCUUCCGUGCCCGGCGGCUGAGGGAGCGGGCUCAAUGCGCAGGCGCCAAGGCCGCUCCUGCUCCCGACCCGGCCGGGCCGACCCGUCCCGCCAGCAUGAGCCAAAGCGCCGCCGUCCUGCCCCCGCCGGGCCCCGCCUCCCGCGCCCUCCAUGUGGAGCUGCCCUCUCAGCAGCGGCGUCUUCGUCACCUGCGAAACAUUGCAGCCCGCAACAUUGUUAAUAGGAAUGGUCAUUGCCUCCUGGACACCUACUUCACCCUUCACUUAUGUGAUAAUGCAAAGAUAUGUAAAGAAUUUUAUAAGAGUGAAGUGAUAAAGAAUUCUCUGAAUCCAACAUGGCGAAGUCUCGACUUUGGUCUAAUGCCCGAUCGCCUUGAUACAUCCGUGUCCUGUUUUGUGGUGAGGAUAUGGGGUGGCAAGAAUGACACCUAUCAGCUACUGAUUGAAUGGAACGUCAAUCUAGAUGGACUCAAGUACUUGGGCCAGCAGAUACAUGCUCGUAGCCCAAACGAAAUCAUUUUUGGGCUGAACGAUGGCUAUUAUGGAGCCUCGUAUGAACAAAAGGGCCACUCAGGAACCCAGAAGAAUAACCUUCUCCAGGUGGAUCAGAACUGUGUUCGUAACUCAUAUGAUGUCUUCUCUUUACUUAGGCUCCACCGGGCCCAGUGUGCAAUUAAACAGACUCAGGUAACUGUUCAGAAAAUAGGAAGGGAGAUUGAAGAGAAACUGAGGCUUACAUCGACAAGCAAUGAACUGAAAAAAGAGAGUGAGUGUUUACAGCUGAAGAUUUUGGUGCUUCGGAAUGAGCUGGAGAGGCAGAAAAAAGCCCUGGGCCGAGAGGUGGCCUUAUUAAAUAAGGAACAAAAUGUGCUACUUGACAAAGGAAAUGUUUUUGAAGGAGAACAUCAGAAGCUCCUACAGGACAAAGAACCCCUGCAAGAGCUGAGAAAAGAAUGCACUGCGAAGAGAGAGCAAUUCUUGAAGACCAAUGCACAGCUGACCAUCAGAUGCAGGCAAUUACUUUCAGAGCUUUCCUAUAUUUACCCUAUUGAUUUGAAUGAUCAAAAGGAUUAUUUUAUUUGUGGAGUCAAGUUGCCCAAUUCCGAAGACUUUCAAGCAAAGGAUGACGGCAGCAUUGCUGUCGCACUGGGCUACACUGCUCACUUGGUCUCCAUGAUUUCCUUCUUCCUCCAAGUGCCACUCAGGUAUCCAAUAGUUCACAAGGGUUCCAGGUCUGCAAUCAAAGAUAAUAUUAACGAUAAACUGACUGAAAAAGAGCGAGAAUUUCCAUUGUAUCCAAAAGGAGGAGAGAAACUGCAGUUUGAUUAUGGCGUUUACCUUCUCAACAAAAAUAUUGCACAGCUUAGAUACCAACAUGGGCUGGGGACUCCAGAUCUAAGGCAGACGCUUCCUAACCUGAAAAACUUCUUGGAGCACGGACUCAUGGUUCGAUGCGAUCGGCACCACAUUUCCAGUGCCAUUCCAGUUCCAAAGAGACAGAGUUCCACGUUUGUGGGUUUGGAUAUUGGCUUCUCCAGCAGCCAUCCUUCUCCUGACAAGGGACUCCGAAAACGGGCCAGCUCGGAGAACGAGAGACUGCAGUACAAGACUCCCCCUCCAAGUUACAACUCCGCUUUAACACAGCCCAUUGCCAUUGUAGGAGAACCUGAUAAAAAGGUUGGAUCCUUAUCCUCUUCUUUAGAUACCUCCAUUGACUUCUCAAAAGAAAGCAAAAAGGGAGCGGAUUCGUGUAACAGUCUCAAUGGUGAAAACAGGAACCUGGACAAUUCCCGAGAUCAGCAGGAGCCUUUCCUGGGGCCCUCGCGUGCAAUAAAUGGGGCUGCGUUGCCCGGCGAGCACCCUGAGGCCGCGACCAACGAGCAGCCGUGUGUGUUCCGUGGCCCUCUUGGUGCCGACCUCCUCUGCACGGUCGAGCAAGCAGAAGAGAUCAUGGGCAUGGAAGCCACGGGGUUUGGCACAGGAGACCAGCUUGAAGCCUUUAACUACAUCCCCGUGGACCACGCCGUGGCAGUGGAAUGCGACGACCAAGUUCUGGGGGAAUUUGAAGAGUUCUCCCGGAGGAUCUGUGCACUGAACAAGGACGCCCCCACUUUCCGCAGGCCGCGGAAGGGUUCUGACAAGUGAGGGUUGGGCGCCGUGGUGGCGGUGGCACGUUACAAAGGUGAAACUAUAUAUCUGGAAUGAAGAUAAAACUUGCACUCAGAAUCCCUGAUCAGUUAUGCGAUGGAACGGGGGUGGAGGGGAAAACUGUUGCUAUAGUUUUGGAAAGUAGAUUUUGAUUCCACACGAUCACGAUAUAUCCAGAACCGAGGUAAACACUUCCUGCUUCCUACCCUGGUUUCCUGUUAUUUGCAAAUCGCUCUGGCAGAUUUGAUCAGGCCAUUUGUGUAUUGUCCGGUUAAGUUUAUUUAGAUUUCUUUUGAGGAGUUGAGGGGGAACUGAAGCCAAACGUUUGCCUGAAGACAAGCAGAGGAGGUCUGUGUGCGCAGGACCGCGUGCGUAUUAACUCCCCUCCUCAACAGCUUGUUGCGCUCCGCCGGGCCUUGCAGCUUUUUGUGGUUCAGGGGCAUGCACAGAUGGUUUUCUUAAUUUGGGAAACAAGUGGUAAACUUCGCAGGCAGACCUGCCACGCCAAAAGACCCGACAAAACCCAAAAAGAACUCCUCUCUGCAUGCAGUUUUAUUUAUUUCCUUCCCUUCACCAUUCCUGUUGCCAGCAGGCACUGAGCAUGACCCGGUGAAAUGGGGGUGGCGCUAGAAAGCUUGCAUAAGUACUAUGCCUUUCAGUGGGUCAUGUGCAGGAGAUGUUCCUAGUGGAUUGUUCCCACUGCUUCCAGGUUAAAAAAAAAUCUAGGCAGGGGAGGGAGACUUAAUGUACUUAGUUGUCACUCUGGUUUUAUCACCCUGUAACUGAAGACUCCUGUUUAGGAAUUAACACAUAUUUUGUCUCGAAUGACCAGGCUCUCUACGCACACUCAGACCAGACCUGUAAAUGAAUGCUGUUGCUGCUUUUGGAGUAUGGUAGCUUUCUAGCCUGCUUGGGAAAAGAUGGUUCAUGUACUAAAGGUGUGUCUCAUGGGACCAUAAAAGUAUAACAAAACAGCUCUUAGGCACAUCGUCAUUAUUAUUAUUUUAUUAUUCCUAUUAUUAUCAGCAUCAUUAUUUCAGACCCGAUCAAGCUGUGAAGCAGUUUACAAACAUGCAAGCCAGACUUUAAUGUAUACAGUGCAAUAGAUUUGGGAUUACCUGACUUGAGUUUAAUAGUGCUUGGUGUUGACCAUAUUUAAUACUAUAUUUAAUCUGUGUGUUUUUUUAAAAAAAUAAUUUUUUUAAAAAAUCAACCAAACCAUCCAUACUUUUAAACUGGAGUUGCCUCCAUCAGUUUAUCAAUGGGACAAGUUUGACUCUAGAUGAGGUAGUUUGCCACUGGCCCACGUGUUUCCAACUGCACUAACGUACGAGCGGAUUUUUGUGGUCUGCUUGAGAUUCCUGACGAUAUGCAUUUUGGAGUUCAGAUGAGUCUGGCUCUUGCUUUCUACAUUGUAUACCGAAGUCUGGGCUCAAUUGUGAGCUCAUAUGUAUUGCAGAAUAAAAGUUUAAUUUACUUCAA